AGAGAGAGAAAGAAGAAGAAGUAAGUAAAUGGGUUUUGACACAUUUAGUGAAGUGUCGGCGGAGAGAGAUGUUGAUAAAGGAGGUAGAAACGAGUGGCAUUAGAGAAGUUGCAGAGAAACAAGGUCCUUUUUUUCUUUCAACAACAACUACUACAACUACAACUGGUUGUUAAAUUAAAUAGUUUUGUAAUUUAGGGUUUUAAAAUUUAUUAUUCAUUCAAAUCCUAAUUUAUUUAGUUUUUGGUUUUGUUUUUGGUUUUGUCUCUGGGUUUUGAUUCAUUGAAGGUGUUUGAAGUUUUUACUGAAAGAGAAGAAAGAAAAAAAGUGAGUGAAUUUCUUUUAAUUAUUAUUAUGAUCAUUGUUGGUUGAGGUAAGAAGGAAGGAAUAUUAAGAAGGAAGAAGGGGGGCUUUUUUGGUCGGUGGGUUUCUCUCCAAAACAGCAACUCUCUCUCCCCCCAUCCAUACCCUAGAAAGAGAGAGUAUAGAGAGAGAUGUGGAAUUAAUUGAGUGAGAAUUCUCACUGAGUGUAAAAAAAUUUGCUUCCAUUCUUCCAGAUCUCACAGGAAUUGGUGAUAAUAUUAUUAGGAACUGAAAUAAGAUUGCAUUUUUCAGUCUGGGUCUGACAGAUCUGGAUCAAAAUUGGGGUUUUCUGGCAGUAGGUUACACUAUCUGAGGAAUGGAGGCCAGUGCUGGUUUAGUUGCUGGUUCUCACAAUAGAAAUGAGCUUGUUGUAAUUCCCCGGGAAGGUUAUGGAGAUCCUAAUCGGCCUAUACAUCAAUUAAGAGGGCAAAUUUGCCAGAUUUGUGGUGAUGAUGUUGGACUUACUGUAGAUGGAGAGCUGUUUGUGGCUUGUAAUGAGUGUGCUUUUCCAGUUUGCCGGACUUGUUACGAGUAUGAAAGGCAAGAAGGAAGUCAGGUGUGUCCUCAGUGCAAAACCAGGUUCAAACGUCUCAAAGGGUCUACUAGAGUUGCUGGUGAUGAGGAUGAAGAGGAAACUGAUGACAUUGAAAAUGAGUUUAAUUUCAUGGGGAGGGAUAGUCAAGAAAUGCAUCAGUAUCUUGCUGAAGCUAUGCUUCAAGGUCAUAUGAGCUAUGGAAGAGCUGGAGAUAUGGAUAUGCCUCAAGUUGCUCAUACAAUGCCUCAAGUUCCUCUGCUUACCAAUGGCCAGAUGGUUGACGAUAUUGCUCCGGAGCAUCAUGCCUUGGUCCCAUCUUACAUGGGUGGAGGCGGAAAGAGGAUCCACCCCCUUCCUUUCUCAGAAUCUGGCUUUCCAGUUCAACCCAGAUCUAUGGAUCCCUCAAAGGACUUAGCUGCUUAUGGUUAUGGAAGUGUUGCCUGGAAGGAGAGAGUGGAGAGCUGGAAACAAAAGCAAGAGAAGUUACAAGUGAUGAAAAAUGAGAAUGGGGGCAAGGAUUGGGACAAUGAUGGUGACGGGCCUGAUCUACCUAUAAUGGAUGAAGGUCGGCAACCGCUGUCCAGAAAGUUGCCCAUACCAUCGGCCCAGAUCAACCCUUAUCGAAUGAUCAUUAUAAUUCGGCUCGUCGUUGUUGGAUUCUUCUUUCAUUACCGGGUCACUCAUCCUGUGAAUGAUGCUUUUGCAUUGUGGCUUAUAUCGGUUAUUUGUGAGAUUUGGUUUGCUGUUUCAUGGAUUCUGGAUCAGUUCCCUAAAUGGCUCCCCAUUGAAAGAGAAACCUACCUCGACAGGCUUUCUUUGAGGUAUGAGAAAGAAGGCCAGCCGUCUCAACUCGCUCAAGUCGAUCUAUUUGUCAGUACAGUGGAUCCUUUGAAAGAGCCGCCUUUAGUUACUGCAAACACUGUUCUGUCUAUUCUUGCUGUAGACUACCCAGUUGACAAGGUCUCUUGUUAUGUUUCUGAUGAUGGUGCUGCAAUGCUGACCUUUGAAGCAUUAUCUGAAACAUCUGAGUUUGCCCGAAAGUGGGUUCCUUUUUGUAAGAAGUUCAACAUUGAGCCACGUGCCCCAGAGUUCUAUUUCGCUCUGAAGAUAGAUUAUUUGAAGGACAAGAUUUUGCCCUCAUUUGUGAAGGAGCGAAGAGCAAUGAAGAGGGAAUACGAGGAGUUCAAAGUUCGAAUCAACGCUUUAGUUGCUAAGGCUCAAAAGGUUCCUGAAGAAGGGUGGACUAUGCAGGACGGCACCCCAUGGCCUGGGAAUAAUGUGAGAGAUCAUCCAGGAAUGAUUCAGGUGUUUUUAGGUCAAAGUGGAGGAGUGGACACUGAUGGCAAUGAGUUACCACGCCUUGUUUAUGUAUCCAGAGAAAAAAGACCUGGGUUCAAUCAUCACAAGAAGGCUGGUGCUAUGAAUGCCCUGGUUCGAGUUUCUGCUGUGCUUACAAAUGCACCUUAUAUGUUGAAUCUGGAUUGUGAUCACUACAUUAACAAUAGUAAGGCUAUUAGAGAAGGAAUGUGCUUCAUGAUGGAUCCAUUGGUCGGAAAGAAAGUUUGCUAUGUUCAGUUCCCACAGAGGUUUGAUGGUAUUGAUCGCAACGAUCGAUAUGCUAAUAGAAACACUGUCUUCUUUGAUAUCAAUAUGAAAGGUUUGGAUGGGAUUCAAGGACCUAUUUACGUUGGAACUGGUUGUCUUUUCCGGAGGCAAGCUCUCUAUGGUUUUGAUGCUCCAAAGGCCAAAAAAACGAUUUCAAGGACCUGCAACUGCUUGCCGAAGUGGUGCUGCUGUUUAUGUUCAGGCAGAAAGAAGAAGAAGGCACUUAAUAAACCCAAAUUUGACAAGAAAAAGAAGAAUUCUAAGAAGGCAGAGGCUGGAGCUCCUGUCUUUGCUUUGGAGGGUAUAGAGGAGGGUGUUGAAGGAAUUGAAAGCGAGAAAACUUCCCUGAUGUCGGAGCAUAAACUGGAAAAGAAGUUUGGUCAAUCUCCUGUGUUCGUCGCAUCCACAUUGAUGGAGCAUGGUGGGUCACUGAAAAGGGCUAGUGCUGCUUCUUUGCUCAAAGAAGCUAUACAUGUCAUAAGUUGUGGUUAUGAAGACAAAACAGACUGGGGAAAAGAGGUUGGAUGGAUUUACGGUUCCGUCACAGAAGAUAUCUUGACGGGUUUUAAAAUGCAUUGUCAUGGAUGGCGAUCCAUAUAUUGUAUCCCUAAAAGGCCAGCCUUUAAAGGAUCUGCGCCUAUCAAUCUUUCUGAUCGUCUCCACCAGGUUCUUCGGUGGGCCCUUGGUUCUGUGGAGAUUUUCUUGAGUAGACAUUGUCCUCUUUGGUAUGGGUAUGGGGGUGGUCUUAAAUGGUUAGAGAGGUUUUCUUACAUAAAUGCUACAAUAUAUCCAUGGACAUCAUUCCCUUUAUUGGCAUACUGUACCUUACCCGCCGUGUGUCUUCUCACCGGAAAAUUUAUUACCCCAGAGCUAAGCAAUGUUGCAAGUUUAUGGUUUUUGUCUCUCUUCAUCUGUAUUUUUGCCACUGGUAUCUUGGAAAUGAGGUGGUCUGGUGUUGGUAUUGAUGAAUGGUGGAGAAAUGAACAAUUUUGGGUCAUUGGAGGUGUUUCAGCGCAUCUGUUUGCAGUCUUUCAAGGUCUCUUGAAGGUGUUGGCUGGUGUUGAUACUAAUUUCACGGUCACGUCCAAGGCUGGGGAUGACGAAGAUUUCUCAGAGCUAUAUGCGUUCAAGUGGACUACAUUGCUUAUUCCCCCGACUACAUUGUUGGUAAUAAACAUUAUUGGAGUGGUGGCUGGAGUCUCAAAUGCUAUAAAUAAUGGGUACGAGUCAUGGGGGCCUCUAUUCGGUAAGCUGUUUUUCGCUUUCUGGGUGAUUGUGCAUCUGUAUCCCUUUCUCAAGGGUCUUUUGGGUCGGCAAAACAGGACGCCCACCAUCAUUAUUGUGUGGUCUAUCCUUCUUGCUUCAAUCUUUUCCCUUUUGUGGGUUAGAAUCGAUCCAUUCUUGGCCAAGUCAAAUGGACCUCUAUUGGAGGAAUGUGGCCUGGACUGUAAUUAGCAAGUCCUAGGUAUUAAAUCUUAGAAUGUUUCUAUCACCACACCAUAGAAGAAAACAAGGAUGGAUAUAUACAAGAAAAGUUGGGUGUGAUGGGAUUCUGCGAUGUGUAGAUAGAUGCAAGAAAAAGAGAGGCUGUAUUGGCAUUUUUGAGGGUGGUUUCGGAAUCAGAUGAUGCUUGUUUGUACUAGUGGGAAAGUGAAAUCAACCCAACAUGGCCAGUCACAGUCUUCCGUUUGUGUGGAAGUUUAUUGUUUGUGAGAUAAAUUAGAACAGUUUUUAUAGAAGUACUACCUUGAUUCUUUAUUAGUUUGGGUGAGAACACGUCGAAGAGGAACACGGAUCAACCUCAUUGUUACACGUCCAUGUAUUAGUACUAUUAUUCAGUUGAUCUCUCUGUAUUUGAUUUCUUCACAAAAAUAAGUCUAGGCUUAUUUCAGCCUUGCUACAUUGUAACAACGAAAAAAACAGCAGAACUCUCAUAUGGGUGUUUCUUCGUCAGGUGAGGGCUUUUAUAUUAUUCUCCCACCCUCUAUUAUUACCCUGUUGAAAUACCUUGUUCAGAUUUCAGAACUUUAUAAUUACAGCACUUCUGAUAUAAAAGGUUCAUAACGAGUGUUGUACUGAAAAGAAGAAGAAUAGUUUUGGUACUGAGACUACGGAAACUGUGAUUUGAAUCCCCAGGGAAUGUGGGUAUGUCAUUCCAGUAAAAUGAGUCUGUUGUUUUUUUUUUUUUUUUACGUUAACAGUAAGCGAAGGUGAUUGAUUCCUCUUUGUUAUAUAUUUUUUCCUUAAUUGUUUCCUUUAGAGUUUGUAUUUGUGGUAAUCUUUUAUUUGUUAAUUUGAAAACAGAACAGAGCAAUAUAUAUUGAAUUGUUGGUAUACCAAA